AUGGCUAGGUUGCUUUGGGAGUUCGACAUGACCCUUGACAAAUCAUCUCUGAAGUGGACAACGCCGUACUCAGAGCUUAAGUCGUGGACGAUCUGGAAGAAGCCGACCUUGGUAGUCCAUAUCAAGAAGCACCCCCAGAUCAACUGCCUGAUGCAAUGGUACUCCUCGAGUCCCAUUCGCCGUGUCGUUGGGGUCAACACCUGCGUUUAG